AUGGCGCAGCAGCAGCUGCAGCAGCAGCUGCAGCAGCGGCUGCAGCCGGAGAGCCAGCAACAGGGGCCGGAGCGGAGCUUGGCAGCGAUGCUGCAGCAACAACAACAACAACAACAGCAACAGCCACAGCUGCUAUCCCCACAAAGCGGUUUUGCUUCUCCUGUAACUCCAUCACAGAAGCCUUCAAGCGACUGCAGCGAGGAAGAUGAAUCUCUGCCAUCAGCAGCAGCAGCAGCUGCUGCUGCUGCGGUCUUUGCAGCAGCUGCUGCCUGUCUCGCUUGCAGCUGCCCGCCUGACAGCAGCAGCAGCACCAAAUGCUGCUGCAGCUGUCAUAUACAAGCAGACAUACGCCUGCCCUUUGGAGCAGAUACCGUAGAGGAGGUGCUAGAGUCCGCAGCAGAGGCUGCUGCUGCAGCGCAGCAACAGCGGCUGCGGCAGCAGCAGCAGCUGCUGCAGCGCCAUCCGCAGCAGCAGCAGCAGCAGACAAUGUUGGGGGUCAUCCCAAACGAUGGCUUGUCCUGGGAGGACGAAGAGGCGCUGGUAGAUGCAGUGUGUCAGCUCCAGCAGCAGAAGCGGCUGCAGCAGCUGCUUCUGCAACAGCAGCAGCAGGAUCUCUCUAGUGCAGCACAGGAGGUGCUGUUGCAGAUAUUAAGAAGACGAAUUGCGCGUGCUGCUCCUCUUCAUCGCGUGCUGCCUCUCUGUCUUCAGUUUUCUAUUAUCCGAGACCCUGAGCUGCAACUCCGCUUUGUCCGAGAAGUCCUUGAGCAGCAUCCGCUACGGGAGCAUCUUCCCCCUGCUGUCUACAUGCAGCGACUCCUCAAGUGUCUGUACACUGCAGCAGAGCUGCUGCAGCUGCCCCUCACAGAUGCCUUCUGUGACUCUGUAUUCGCCUUGAUGAGAAGGGAAGAGACGUCGCGUUACUCUUACUUAUCCUUUCAAAUUCUUGACAGACCGGCAGAGCAAUAUGUUACCUGUAGAGUGCAUCCAAGACACAACGAACUAGGACUACGUUCUUGGACAGCGGGCCUUCAUCUAGGGGAGUACCUUGCGAUGUAUGGACACCAGUUAGCUGCUUCUUGCUGCUGCGCUUCCUUGGGUACCAGCAGCAGCAACAACCUUCUCAGCAACAAGAGCUGCAGCAGCACGGACAGCAGCAGCAGCAGGAGUGAAGCACCAGUAAACUUUGAUGGUGCUGCUCCUGCUGCGCCGUGGCUGGCGGACCUGCUCGCGAACAUCGAUCGGCAGCAGCAGCAGCAACAGCAGCAGCAGCAGGAACAGGGGCAGGACGAUGAGGAGGAACUCUCGGAUCGGCAGCAAGACUUCAGCAGCAGCAUUAGCCUAAGCGGCAGCAGCAGCAGCAGUCGGAGCAACGUCUGCAGCAGCUGCAGCAGCUGCAGCAGCUGCAGCAGCAAAGAAAGGGUUUCUAUCUUAGAAAUAGGCUGUGGCAUUGGGUCUACUGCGGCAGCCGCAGCACAGCGCAUGGAGGAUCUCAGGCUUUAUGCAGCAACAGACAGGACACCCUUUAUUGCAGCAAACUGCAGCAGCAACCUAACCCUUAAUGGGGUGUACGUACACCCUGAAGCAGCGUUGGCCGUUGCUGCAGCAGCUGCUGCAGCAUCGUCUGUAGACGACACAGACGAUGAACGCGAACAGCAAGACGUGCAAGACACAACGCCAUGUAACACCAGCAGCAGCAGCAGUAGUAGUAGUAGUAGCAGCAGCAGCAGCAGUAGAGCGGUGUGUAUGGUCGGGUGUCUAGACCUCACAAGCGUGGCUACAGAUGCGCCGCAGAUCUCCUCGCAAGGAAUUGCCAUCUUGCAGCAGCAGCAGUUGCAGCAGCAAAGCAGCAGCAGUAGCAGCAGCCCGCGAGGAAGCAGCAGCAAACUCUGCAGUAACUGCAGCAACCGGGGUGUUCCUGCUGUAUACCAGUUCAUUGUUGCUGCAGACUUGCUGUUUGAUUUAAGUCUUAACGUCACAUUAGCUGAUGCCCUCAAGUUCCUGCUGGGGUGCGGAGACCUACAGCAGCAGCAACAGCAAGAGCAGCAGCAGCCGAGGAGACUUUGCGUGCUGGCGUCAACUGACACUCGACCUGUGAAGGGGUUUCUGGCAUACGAAAGGAAGGCUGUUACAAUCGACCUCAUCUACUCAGUGUCUUGA